UCUGGGAAAACUGUCGCGAAGUUAUAUCGUUGAAUUCCCAAUCGCAGGUAGUACCGAGUUAACCUCGCAUUUUCUCCGGUUUGAUUUACACCACGUUUAUUGGUAUUUUAAUCAACUGCAGCUGCUUUCAAGGUUUUAGCUGUUUGGAUUUUAUAAUCUCACCAGACUGCAACGGGACCACGAGAAACCACGAGUCUUCAAGAAAACUGCAAGUUUUACGAUGAGUCACAGAAUAUGAUGAAUUGUAUAUACACAUCUUGUGAUUAAAGACAAGUAUCCUGCUCUUCGAUGUUGUAAUGAAGGCAGGGCUAGAUGUGACACACAUUGCUUCCCUCUCAAAAGCUGUGACUUCACUUCCCAAAUUUUGGAGGAAAAAAUCGUCCCGUUAACCGUCUUUUCCCUCCGCAACAUAUCGGGGGCUGGAAUUAAUUCUGCGGCGUGUCAUGUUUGGAAUGUUGUUCGAGUACUGUGAAAACUGCCCAGAAUGGACGGAACCGUUAAGGAGGCGCUGUCUGUUGUGAGCGAGGACCAGUCCCUGUUCGAGCCUCCAUAUGCCACGGCGGCGCCCCUCCCCAAGUCGGACAUGACGGCGUCGGGACCGCCGGACUACGGGCAGCCUCACAAAAUCAGCCCCUUGCCCUCCCAGCAGGACUGGCUCGGCCACCCGCUGCGCGUCAACGUCAAGCGCGAGUACAGCCACGUCAACGGGGCGGGAUCCAGGGGGUCCCCCGUGGACUGCAGCGUGGGGAAAUGCGCCAAGCCUGUCUGCGGGACAGAGGGCUCCCAAAUGGGCUACGGGGGCUACAUGGACGAGAAAAACAGCCCGCCCCCUAACAUGACCACCAAUGAGAGAAGAGUUAUCGUCCCCGCAGACCCCUCCCUGUGGACCCAGGACCACGUUCGGCAGUGGCUGGAGUGGGCCAUCAAGGAGUACGGCCUGCUGGAACUCGACACGUCCUCCUUCCAGGACACGGACGGCAAGGAGCUCUGCAAGAUGAGCAAGGAGGACUUCCUGAGGCUCACCUCUGUGUACAACGCAGACGUCCUCCUGUCGCAUCUCAGUUACCUCAGGGAAAGUAGUUCAACGCUAUCGUACAGCGCCCCAUCUCACACGGAGCAGUCUCCUCGUCUGGCUGCCAAAGAAGAAUCCUCUUCUUACGAGGCUGUGCAUCGGGCCGGGUGGUCGAACAGCAUGGCCGGGGGAAAAGGCUCCCUGGCGGUCCCGCAGAACGUUCCCAAAACCGCGGAGCCGCAGAGGCCCCAGCCAGAUCCGUACCAGGUCCUGGGUCCCACCAGCAGCCGCCUGGCCAACCCCGGUUCGGGUCAGAUCCAGCUGUGGCAGUUCCUGCUGGAGCUCCUGUCGGACAGCGCCAACGCCGGCUGCAUCACGUGGGAGGGCACCAGCGGCGAGUUCAAGAUGACGGACCCGGACGAGGUGGCCAAGCGCUGGGGCGAGCGCAAGAGCAAGCCCAACAUGAACUACGACAAGCUGAGCCGCGCGCUGCGCUACUACUACGACAAGAACAUCAUGACCAAGGUGCACGGCAAGCGCUACGCCUACAAGUUCGACUUCCACGGCAUCGCCCAGGCGCUGCAGCCCCACCCGGCCGACGCCUCCGUCUACAAGUACCCCCCGGAGCUGCCCUACGCGCCCCCCUACCACCACGCCCACCAGCAGAAGGUCAACUUCGUCGCCUCCCACCCCUCCCCCGUGCCCGUCGGCUCCGCCGGCUUCUUCGGGCCGCCGCCCUACUGGAACUCCCCGACGGGCGGGAUGUACCCCAACCCCGGCAUCCCCCGCCACCCCAACGCCCACGCCCCGUCCCACCUGGGGAGCUAUUAUUAAAGCUCCGCCCACCUCUUCUCUCUGACUCCGAACCACCAACGCCCACAAAGAACAACAGUUAGGACCCCUUUAAUGGAGUCUUCUGCAAAGGGAAUUUAAAAAUAAACUGGAUUUAAUCAUCCAUGGAGUAUUAAUGGAGUACUACCUAUUAGCCUGCUUUUCUCCCUUCUGUUGGCAUCUGUGGUUUGUAAACUUCAGCUCCCUGUAACAGCUCUACUCAAUGAGGCUUCUCUGCAGGGAGUCACCAGCGAAGAGGUGCAUUAUGGGCAUUGUGUGACACGUGAGGCCUCCUGCUUCCUCUCAGACAAAGACCCAGGCUCUCUGGGUCUCCGAUGACAUCACUACCUAAUACCGCCUUAUCACUACAUUUUAUUUUUGGGUUUAUAGUCUAGCAGCAGCAGUUGUUUUUUUUCCACCCCAACAUUUCUUCUGUAUUUACCGCGUCCUUUUGCUUUGUAUUACGGAAUCCAUCUGCAACUGCCUUUCUUGGAGCUCAGGUCUAGAUGUGGGAAUCGCCGAAAUCAUGGAAUUAUAGAAAAACGAGGAAACCAAGGGAUUGUCUCUGUUUCAGGGUUUUUUGGGGGGAUUUUUUUUUUUGGAUGAUUUUGGUCGGGAGGGAUUUCUAAAAUGUAUCCAGGAUGUUCUGCUGGACCAGACCGGAAUUCGGCGCGACCGCGUUAUUGCCUCAAUAAGUGUCUCCUCUCCUUCCACAAGCAAGAUUUUGCGGGGUAGACGCCCAGCAUGGGGUUCGAACGCACCCUCUGAAGCCCGUCUCACCCCUCCGCCAUGUCUGCGGAGAUCCCUCCUUCCUGUCUGCGGAACCCCCCCUUUCGGGUUUAUGCGUUCAAACAGGGGGGUUGCCACGUUUCAGCCACACCCCGCGAUACGUGAAUCUCACACUAGUAUCCUCUUGACGUGUUUUGUUGACAUGCGAAGCAAUCUGGAGCUCAUAGAUUCAGAUCACAGCGGACAUAACGAUUGUGACUUUUUUUUUACAAGCGUCACUUAGAACAAGGACUACAGUUUUGUUAUAAGGAAAUAUCAAUAAAGAUAAAUAAAUACAUAAAUAAAUAAAUAAAGGUUCUUAAGGGAAACGCAAGUCGUACUCAGAUUCACGAAUGCUGUGCAUUCGUUAGACAUAUUUUCUCUUUUUUUAUAUAAACAUUGGUCAGCUAAGCAUUAAAGGAACUUAGUGUGUAAAUUAUGCAGAUUUAUUUUCAUAUGUGACAGUAUUAAAUAAGAAAUCCAGAGAAUUAAAUACGAGUUGACCUCGGUCACAGAUGCAAUUGUUUUGUAACUAUCAAAAAGGAGGAAAUUAUCUGUUUGUGAUGUGUAAUAUGCACAGUAUGUUUUCGUCUGUGUUUGUACAUUUGGACAACUGAUUUUACAGAAUGGUAUACUGUAAACAGGUCUUACUUUUUAGUGCCUUGCGGUGACAACCAAAUAUAUCAUUCCAACUGCCUUUUAUUGUACUUUUUUAUGAAACAAUGCCUGCUUGUAUCAGUCAUGUGUUUGCCAUGGAGACAAUCUUAUUCUAUAAUAAACCGAUUGUGGCCUCUUCCCCAUAGUCUUAGUCUUCCCCACCCAUAAAUCGUCUGGUUCUGUUCUUGUCUUUGAAUCAAUAUGUCACACAGCCAGGCAUUAGUCAGCAGUGAAAUUAAAUACUAUUCUAAACCA